AAUGCAAAUCCAGACAGUCACCAGAUUCCAAAAAAGAACCCGUCUUCCUACUUUACUCGGCACCUUCGUUUUUUCCCAUUGUCAAUCUUUCUCUCUUUCUCUUCAAGCAAAAACGAAAAGUGAAAUCCAAUCCAUGCCUAACGAUUGCAGUAUCAGAGCUCUGUGGAUCCUCAACAAUCUCGACGCCGUCGUUUUCUCCAGGAGGUUUCCGGUGGUGGAGAAGCGGUGGCUAGCUGCUUGCCAAACUGAAAGCCAUAGCUCGGAUGACGAUCCUGUCAAGUACACUGUAUUUUCUUCGCUUCCCUCGGAUUCAGAGUUAGCUGCCGCUUUCUCUGAGAGAAGGAGAAGGGAGGGGUCUGUCCGGGGAUUUGGUAUACGGGUAAUACAGUCAAGAGAAGGAUCAGAUUCAUGGGUUGAUGAUCCGAUUACGCGUCAUAUUAUAGGCCUUUACAUAAACAAAGAGGAGGAAGGAGAGAAUAAUCUAUUGUGGCCUUUAGCGUUGCACAUAAAGGGUCCGUAUUGCAUCCUUAUACUGCCUUUACUUGAGCCCAGAUAUGUAAAGGCUUACGCAAGGUUGUGUAAGAGAUCUGAUUGUGGAAAUGCUGUCAUGGCAGAUGAAUAUUUAUCUUCUGUACUCCUUGAUCUUCCAUCCAUCACAGGGGCAUUCAUGGUGGCUCAUGCCAUCGGUGACAUAGUUACUGGGGAUGUAGUAGAGCCUGAGGUGGUUGUAAGUUCAUCACCAUCAGUGGGUGGGUUGUUAGACUCACUCACUGGAAGUAUUGGGAUAUCAGGAAUCUCUUCAAGGGCCAAGCCAGUAGCUGCACCUGUUGCAUCUUCUACACCAUCUGGCACUGCUGUGAUAGGAGCUCUUGCAUCUGAUGUUCCAAAAAUUGGUUCAAGGCUUUUGGAUAAAGAUGCACUUAGAAGUUUCAUAAGUAGCGCAAUGCCUUUUGGAACUCCCUUGGACCUCAGCUAUUCCAACAUUUUCUCUAUCAAGGUAAAUGGCUUUUCUGCGUUAGAUAUGCCUCCACAAGACCUCAAGCAACCGGUAUGGAAGCCCUAUCUAUACAAAGGAAAGCAGAGAUUGCUAUUCACCAUUCAUGAAACUCUUCAUGCUGCCAUGUAUGAUCGAGAUGAGACUCCAGAUAGUUUAUCAGUCUCUGGGCAGAUAAACUGCCGAGCAGAACUGGAAGGACUGCCUGAUGUGGCAUUCCCCUUGACAGGGUUGAGCACAGCUAAAAUUGAGGUUUUAUCAUUCCAUCCCUGUGCUCAGGUUCCGGAACAAAAUGUAGAUAAGCACGCUUUGAUGUUCUCACCACCUUUGGGUAAUUUUGUGUUGAUGCGCUAUCAAGCAACAUGCAGUCUUGGACCUCCUGUAAAGGGAUUCUAUCAAUUGUCUAUGGUCUCUGAGGAUGAAGGUGCAUUUUUGUUCAAAUUGCACCUAAUGGAAGGUUAUCAGUCUCCUUUGACGAUGGAGUUCUGUAAUGUGACUAUGCCUUUUCCAAGAAGAAGGGUUUUAUCUUUUGAUGGGACCCCAUCGAUUGGAACAGUUUCAUUUGCAGAGCACUCUGUUGAAUGGAAAAUUAUCACAAGUGGACGAGGGCUUUCUAGGAAGAGUAUUGAGGCAACAUUCCCUGGAACAGUUAGGUUUGCCCCUUGGCAGACACAAAGAUUAAAUUCCUUAAGGUCAGUUUUUGAAAGUGCGACAGAUGAAGAUAGUGACAAUGAGACAGAGAAUACUAAUAAUAUGGUAAACAUAGAGGAGCUCUUAAUGGAGAAAAUGAGUAAGGAUCUUACUCCAGUUGACCUAGAGGAGCCAUUUAGCUGGCAUGCAUACAACUAUGCUAAAGUAUCUUCCAAGGUUGUUGGGGCAUCAUUAUCUGGAAUGUCUAUUCAUCCCAAAUCAGUAAGCAUCUAUCCUGCUGUAAAAGCACCUGUGGAGUUAUCGACGCAGGUCACUUCUGGGGACUAUAUCUUGUGGAAUACAUUAGGAAAGUGCCCAUCUGCUAUUACUGCAAAAGUGUAAUGGAUGGCAUACAAUACCUCUCAUAAACGCCGACGGAUUUUUCACAAUGGGGUCAGCUGCCUCUACUGAAAUCUUACCACUUUUUUUUUUUUUUUGUAUUAUGUAAUUACUAGUACUAGUUUAAAAGUAGUUUUAAUUUUGCUCUCAUUGAAAUUUAUUUGGCAUUUAUUUUAGACUUGUAUUAACAUCGACAAGAGGUUAUAUCUCCUUGUGAUGCCCACAUGCACCGAAUUCCACCAAAGAAACGCCUGUUCUGAUUCAGCUCACAUUUUCGAACCAGCAAUCUUGUGGGUCAUGGAAUUAGCCUCGUAGAAAAUACAUCCCAAAACUGAAGUUAACCAUUUUGCACAGAGAUGACCAUGGAUCGGAAAUAAAUGGAUAUUUAUUAUUAU